AUGUCAGUUCAUAGUAAGUUUGAAUCAGCUAAUUAAUUAAUUGUAAACUGGGUUUUAGGAAUCUAGAUAAUAUAGAAAGAGCCUAUGACGUGGCAGAUUUCAGCUAUUUUUCGGGAAAACAUUGCCACAUCAUUGAUUUUUCGAAAUAGGAUUCAGAAAAAAUUCUAUUCCCAAGAAGCCUUUGCCACAUCAUAACUUAUUUCCGGAGAAAUUUCUAUAUUUAACUGGAACCUUCUCUGAAAACAGUUAUGACGUGGCAGAGUUGAAAUUCUGCUGAUGACGUGGCAUACUCGCCAAAAUUUCGGUUUUGCCACGUCAUCACGUUUCUGAAGAAUUUCGGAAUCUCGAAAGAUGACGUGGCAAAUCACAAACAAAACCCUGAAUGGGAAAUUCGAUUUUUUUGCCACGUCAUAAACAACAUUUUUGCAGAACGCCGAGCAAAUAACAACACCAGCUCAAAAACCGUUCACAACGAAGAACAACCAACUGCUGGGGAAAGAAAGCAGUUGAAAAAAUGCAUUAUCAAAUUCGUGGCAAGAGUUUUGGAGAAAGGACCAACCGGUCUUCGCGCCGAAUUUCAAACCAUGAAAAGAUCGAAUGACUUUGAAAAAAUGAAGGCAUUCAAAGAAGCUCAGGAGCAUGGCAAAAAUCGCUAUAAAGACGUGGGCUGUUUGGAUAACUCGAGAGUCAAACUCGGAACUCCAUGGCCACACGAAUAUAUUCAUGGCAACUAUGUCUCAACUCCGUCGAAUCCCAAACGCUUCAUUUGUACUCAAGCGCCACUUGAAAAAACAUGCGCCGAUUUCUGGUUCAUGUGCCUUCAAGAACGUGUCGAGACCAUAUUUAUGCUUUGUAAUUUCACGGAAAAGGGCACCAAAAAAUGCCACGAAUAUUUUCCAACAAAAGACAAGCAGGAUACGAUGACGUAUGAGGAGGGCGGACAUAAGAUUACUGUUCGUUAUGAGAAUUCGAGAACCGUCAAGUUUCGCGGAAAAGAUAUCAAGGCGAAAGUUAUCGAAACUCAACUAUCGAUCGAGGGUCCAAAUGAUAUGACACUCAAAACAACACAUUAUCAUUGGAUCGAUUGGCCAGAUCGUGGUGUUCCGCCGGCGGAUUUGGCUAUUAUUGAGUUGCUCAAUAAGGCCAGAGUCUCAAAGUGAGUUGGGAUCAGCUUGGCAAAUCCUUUUAUGACAUGGAAAAUUGUUUUUUUUCCAGAGGUCCAAUCGCUGUGCACUGUUCAGCCGGAAUCGGUCGAACCGGUAGUGUUGUGAUGAUUGAAUAUGUCAUGGAGCAAAUUCUCGCAAAUCAACCAAUCGAUGAAACCGACAAGAUAUUGUUGAAAAUUCGCGAGCAACGCAACAAUUCGGUUCAAACCGAUCAUCAAUAUCUUUUUGUCCAUCAAGUUUUGAUGAACUAUUUUCGUCAUCGCAAAUUGCUUGAUUCGACUGUCGAAGGACAUCAUGACGAUUUCACCAAGACCUAUUUGAAACUCGUCAUCUAA